AAAUCCUCCACCCAGAUCCUCCACCCAAAUCCUCCACCAAGGCUCAGCAGAGGCCGUGGAUCUUGGUCAGCACGCACUUCCGUCCUGCCCUGACGUCUGGGUACCAAGCAACUACCAAUGUCUCCGAAAUGAGCGGUGGUCUCAUCUCACCCGCCCAGGGCAGACAGGGCAGACAGGGCAGACAGGCCGUGGCGAGAUUGCCGACUUAUCCUCGCCAGCCAUCAGAGCCAUGCUGUCAGAUGGAGCGCUCCUCGCUCUUCCGCACCAGAGACCCGCCCGGGCGGCAAAAGAUCCGAGAGACCACCCAGUGGUGGGGAUUCAACUCGGCUGCGUCGUGUGGAGCAAAACAUGCCAAAGGAUCAGUUGCCGUUGUUGCCUGCGCACCGGUUUUCAGGCGGUUCAUAAGGAUGGAAGGCUCGCUCUCACGAGGGCUCUGCGCCCAACCGGCCGGUGUUUUCAGCCUCUUCUGAUACUGAACACGCUUGCACCCAUCAAGGACAGGGUAUCAGGCCUUUCGGAUUCGAGCCGAGGAAAUCCAGUCAGAUGUCCUUCUGGCUGCGGCACAUCUGGCUCUCCUCCAUAGCGUCUUCUGGUCCCCGCCCUCGGACUUAAGAUGGAUAUUCCAGCGGCAUCCACAACGUCGGACGACUUUACAUUCGAGCUGGCAAAAAUCCCACAAGAUCCCUUCCUCCCGCAGGGCCUACUCAACCGCCCAGCCUUUCUCGAUACGCAAGCCUGUCUCUGCGCCUACAGACAGACGCCUAUUUCAGACAGCAGCGCCGCGGCAUGGGAGUGCAUAGGAAACCAGACGAAUGGGAUUGAUGUAUACACAGGGGGAAAGUGGUUCAGGCCGACACACAGCGCCGUCAUCUCCAGACAAGACGUGACUCUUGGUCCAAUAUGGGACGCAUCCAAUGGACCUGAUCUCAGCACGCCAUUGGUCUUCGACCGCGAGCAGGAUGAUCUCGUCACAGUUGGCGACUCGAGCCUCAGCCCGUACGACGCCGCUUGUACCGGCGUGAACCACACUAGGUUCUCUGAGACCUUCUACCGCGCGGUCAACCAGCGGGCAAACCACGAGACUAUGGUCGACGCCGCGCCAUGCUAUAGAAGCCCCUAUGCUGUUCCACUGCAGAUAAUGGGCCUGGAGAAGUGGCUGCGCGAGGGCUGCAAGGAGGGUUUCUUGUGUCGGAACAACACAGUUAACUCACUACCACAAUACUGCCCACCCCCUGACGUAUGCCAAAUAUCAAGAGCAGCAGGUAUGACCUGUCAGAUCUGGCAUGAAAACACCGGUAUGGGGCCGUUCGAGCCGGUCAUCUGCCAAGGCGGGUUCUAUUGCCCCAGGGGUGGCAUGGAGAAGUUCAAGUGCCCGGCUGGGCAUUACUGUCCCCCUGGCACGGCACAGCCAACGCCCUGUGCCGUCGGCAGCGCCUGCCCCGCUGGGUCUCUAUCCCAGCGCUUCUAUAUCCCUCUCGCGGUAUUGAUGAUCUUCGACGUGUGCCUGAUAGUUGGGAUGCUUCUUCUCACAGUCCGGAAACGUGCCAGGAGAAGCUCAGGCGUUCAUCCCUCUACGGCUGGAAACAUCGCAACCCGCCCCAGCCUGCGGCGAAUAAUGACCGAUCGAGCUACGGGGUACAGAAGUGUUCACGUCGACGAGGAGUUGUCACCCGUCUCCGAGCCUGGGACGCCUCGGCGCGCGCUGACAGGGUUUGAGGCUGCCCUGGCGAUGGAGCAGGGCCAACGGAUCCAGGACAUGACGGACUUGUCCCCCGAACUCAGGUCUUUCGUGCAGUCGAUGCAGAGGGCUACUGACGCCGCGCGCCUGGGCUUGUCCUUCCAGUACGCUGACCUCAGCUUCCAGCCCAAAGGGAUGGCAAGACCCAUCCUGCAGAACGUCACAGGAUCCAUCGACAGGGGCGCCCUGACUGCUGUAAUGGGCGGCUCGGGUGCGGGCAAGUCCACCUUUGUGAACGUGCUCAUGGGUAAGACUACGAACACGGGAGGUGUUGUCAUGGUAAAUGAUGCCCCAAAUAAGAUGAAAAGAUUCAGAAAGCAGGUUGGAUUUGUACCACAGGAUGAUAUCGUCCUCGCAGAACUUACUGUAUACGAGAACAUCCUGCAUAGCGCCCGCGUGCGUCUCCCGCGCACUUGGGAAGACAAGGAUAUUCGUGCCCACGUCGACAGUGUCAUUGACUGUCUCGAAUUGUCUCACGUCCGCGAUUCAAGGGUAGGAACUGUCGGAAAGCCAUUGAUCAGCGGUGGCCAACGGAAGCGCGUAAGCAUCGGAAUGGAGCUCGCAGCGGCACCAAUGGCGAUAUUUCUCGAUGAGCCGACAUCUGGUCUGGACGCAACGGCCGCGUCCUCGAUCAUUCGCACCCUCAAGGCGAUUGCCCGAAUUGGCAUAUCGGUGAUCGUGAUCAUUCACCAACCACGCAUGGAGAUAUUCGAGAUGCUGGACCAGCUCAUCCUGCUCGCGAACGGUCAGAUCAUCUACGAGGGCCCCGAGGAGUAUGUCCAACGGUACUUCGAGAACUGUGGCUUCAUUUUCCCGCGGCACGCGAAUUCGGGCGAUGUCGUAACCGAUAUCAUCACAGGCAACGGGCGUGCCUACAAGGCCAAGGGGGAUAUCAGCAGGGACUGGCUAAUCUCCAACUGGGCCGGUUCCCGUCAGCACGCUCAGAUAAAAGAACGCCACGCCUCGGCCGUGAGCACCUUGUCUUCAUCCCAUGGUCGCCGGCUAUCAGUUACGCCAUCGUCGCUGAUGAGUCUGAGCAGAAUCAGCCUCCCGAUAGACCAACACCAAUCACUGCGCGACCCGGCCAUGCUUGAGGCGCUGAAGAAGCGCGGGGCGCCACGGCUCAAGCAGACGUGGCUGUGCCUACGGCGGGCGAUGGUACAACAGUGGCGCGACAAGACAUCCUUCUGGUUCGAAAUGGCACUGGCUUCCGUGGCCGCGGCUCUCCUGGGCCUGGCACAGAACAGCCGGAACGGCGUUCUCUUCCGCGGGAUAUACGUGGGCGAGUUCUCGAUCCUCUCCAACGCGGUGGACCUCACGUCGGUCCCGCAGCUGUCGCUCCUCAUGGGCGUCGCCAUCGGACUCAUCUCCGCGGCCCCGGGGGUCCGCGUCUUCAGCGAGGAGAUGCUGCUCCACCGCCGCGAGGCCGAGGCCGGCCACUCGCGGCUGGCGUACUUCCUGGCCAAGGUGCUCUGCGUGCUGCCACGGAUGCUGGUCGCCUGCAUGCACUUCUCCACCAUCACACUCGUGCUCGCCAAGCCCGUCAUCCCCUGGGGCUUCGCGUUCGUGGCCAACCUGGGAUACUUCUGGUGCGUGUAUGGCAUGUCGGCCGUCAUCUCGAUGGUCGCGAAGCGGGAAGAUGCGCCCCUGCUCGCGACCAUGGCUUCCCUGAUCGUGGGUAUCCUCUGCGGGGCCGCGCCGACGCUCGCGCAGGUCUCGAAGUGGAACAUGGUCUGGCUCUGGCGCAUGUCGCCCGGCGUAUGGCUUAGCGAGCUGUACUUUGGCGAGCUCGUCAGGCCCUUUGGAUACCUGUACCAGACGGACAUGGCGGCUGCGGCGAUGGGCUACAGCCUGGACGCGACGUGGCGGAAUAUAGGGGUUUUGGUUGCCAUCGGCGUCGUGUACCGCGUGAUAGCAUAUGUUGGGUUGUUUUUGGGCAAGAGAAUCAGGAUCUGAUGGCAUGUGGAAACGGUCGUCCUAUUCCGAAGGGUUGGCGUUUACACAUGUUUCAUCUGCAUCGAUGGACAAAUAAGUGUACAAAUGGUUCAGAUCAUCUUUGAAGUAACAUAUGUCUUCAAAAAUACCUACUGAAGCUCCAGUCGGCUGGGGCCAAAAUAUCCCAAGC